UAUUUAAUUUCGGAUGCGGAUAUUAUCGGAUACGAAUAUGCCUAUAUCCGUAUCCGUAUCCGGAAUUGUCGGAUUCGGAUGCGGAUAAUAUCCGCUUUGUCUCGGAUACGGAUAAUAUCCGCUUUAUCUCGGAUACGAAUGCGGAUUUUUCGGACGGAUAUCGGAUUUUUCGGACUUUUUUGACAGCCCUACAUAAACCAAACACCAGCUUUAGUAGCAUCACAUAUCCAAGUCUCUCUAUAAAUAUCAAAACCGAAUACUUCCAAACUCACCACCUGAAUCAUAUUAAUCAUGGCUUUCCCUUGUUCCAUUCUUUUAAUCCUACUCUGCUCACUCCUCUCCUCUUCACUAGCAAAAACUCCCACACACUCCAAACAAGUUUUCCUCCCAAUCCACAAAGAUCCAUCCACACUUCAAUACAUUACAACAAUAAAACAGAGAACUCCCCUUGUCCCGGUCCGCCUAACCGUUGAUCUGGGAGGCCGGUAUCUGUGGACCGUCUGCCUAAGCGGCUACAAUUCCUCCUCCAUCCGCACAGCUGGCUGUGGCACCACUCAAUGCCGCCUGGCUGAGACGUCUAAAUAUUGUUUCUACUGCAUCCCCGGUCCAUUCGGACCCGGGUGCACUGAUGCACCAACAUGUUGGAGAUAUCCUCUAAAUACCGUGACAGACAAAACCGUCCUCGGUGAGGUAGCUACAGAUGUUAUUGCAAUUAGUUCUACACACGGAGAAGGUCGUGCAGGCAAUGAAGUCACGGUGCCUGGAUUUAUUUUUGUUUGUGCAAGUAAAAAAAUUAUUGCUGGUCUUGCUAAGGGAGUUACUGGUAUGGCUGGACUUGGAAGGACCAAAAUAUCAUUUCCAGCUCAAUUAGCCUCUGCUCUCAAUCUGAAAAAGAGGUUCGGCCUUUGUUUGAGUUCUUCCACAACUUCUAAAGAUGGUGGCGUUGUGAUCUUUGGCGAUGGACCUUAUAAUUUAAAAGGCAACAGCUCGGUCUUACUUGAGUACACACCGCUUAUUUUGAACAAAGUGCUCACGGGAGAAGAACGAAUUAUUAAAUCUGAAAUUUCUGCUGAUUACUUCAUUGGAGUGAAGUCAAUAAAAAUCAACGAAAAUACUGUGAAAAUCAACUCUACAUUUUUGAAGAUCACCAAGGGAGGAUAUGGCGGGACUAAGAUUAGUACGGUGCAUCCAUACACCUUAAUGGAAAGUUCCAUCUAUAACGCGGUGAUUAAAGCAUUUGUCACUGAGCUUAAGAAUGUGACUAGAGUUCCAGCCGUGGCGCCUUUCAAGGCAUGCUUCAGCUCAAAGAACAUAGGCAGUACUCGGGCUGGUCCGGCUGUGCCAAGUAUUGAUCUUGUGAUGAGGAAUGGUGUGUCGUGGAGGAUGCUUGGCGCGAACUCUAUGGUGAAAAUAAACGGGGAUGUUUUGUGUUUAGCUUUUGUGGAUGGAGGGGAACCUCCUUUCAUUAAUGCGAUUGUGAUCGGAGGACACCAGAUUGAGGAAAAUUUGUUGAGCUUUGAUCUUGAGAAAUCAAGGCUGGGGUUUAGUUCUUCACUUUUGGCUAAAGAAACGAGAUGCUCAAAUUAUAAGGUUUAAUGUUUCUAAUGUUUAGAUUGUACUUGAUACAGCUUUGUAAUCUUUCGUUUGGUAUCAGUGCUUGAGCACAUGGUUGUACACGUUUUUUCUGAGUUAUGAAUAAAGUAACAGAUACGAGUCCCCUGUUUAUCUUAAAUAGAAUCAGUGAUCAUACACCAAUGA